AUGGAAGAACUAGAGAUAAACCUCAAAAUCCCUGACCCAUUACGAGCCGAUUGGUUCAUGGUUCUUGUAGACAUCCAAGCCGAUCUCAUCUACAACGCACUCGUCGUCUUAACCUCACCUCUCUAUCUUCUCUACCGCUCAUAUAACCGCGCAAAGGCUACAAUCUCCACCGCUGAAAGAGCCCUUAAACGCGCCCCCUCGAGGAUCAAAAGCGGUGCAGCGGGGGUCAUUAGAAGGACAUGGUAUGGUCUAAUGGGUGCAUGCCACGUCUCGAUGGUUAUGGUGUUGGCGUUGAUCGUGGCGGCUGUUCUCGGUGUUGGGAUUGUGAAUUUGUAUGUGGAGAAGCCUGUGGUUGUUAGAGAAAGACUCUUCUUCGAUUACACUGAAGAGAACCCAAGUGCGGUUUUUAGCUUUGACAAGAAGAAGAAACCGUUUGGUGUUCCUGUUGGACAUAAGGUUCAUGUCUCUUUACUUCUGUGGAUGCCUGAAUCUGAUCUUAACCGAAAACUUGGGUUAUUUCAGUUAAAAGUAGAGCUUCUCUCAUUAAAAGGCGAGAUAAUAGCUAGAUCAAGCCAACCUUGUAUGCUACGCUUCAGAAGCAAACCAAUAAGACUAGCAAGAACAUUUGUGAUGAGUGUUCCACUCGUUGCCGGCUUCGCAAACGAAGCGCAAACAAUGAGAGUAGAUGCUUUAAUACACCAAGAGAAAUGGCCAAGAACAAAAGCAGUGAGAGCUACUCUGAUUCCACGUGCACAGACUCGGUUAUUACCUCAGUUGUAUGAAGCUGAGAUCGUUAUAAACUCGAAACCUCCAUGGACUAAACGAAUGGCUUAUAACUGGAGAUGGACUCUUUGUGUGUGGACUUCAAUGUACUUAUACUUAGCUAUUUUAAUGACGCUUCUAUGGUGUUUUAGACCGGUUCUAUUCCCUUCAAGAACCAUUGUUGAGACUGAAAGAUUAGAGAUGGAAGUAGUGGAAGAAGAAGAAGAAGUAAUGCAAAGAAGAAUGGGAGAAAGAAGAAACAAGCCUCGUAGAAGAACUUUCAUUACCACACAAGAAACUUAUACAUAG